UUAUUUUCCCUUCAACACAUCCGACCGACCGACCGUCGUCAACCAAUGGCAAAAAAACCACCCUGCCGAAUCUGUCGUAGCAGAAAAUGGAGGAAGAAUAGUUUGGGGUUCUACGUUUGCGAAUUUGGCCACCAGCUCGAGGGUCAUCAAGAGGAGGAAGGCGAGUUCGAUGCCGGUGGAGGCAACACAUUUGAGAGGAAAACAAGGAGACCCAAGAGGAAACGUAAAGAACGAGGACAUCAGCAAUUAAGUGGAGCUGAUGCGGACUAUGUAUGUCUUCAGGCAAUCCAGUUGGUGCUGCGGAAGCAAUUGCAUACACUGAUACAUGAUUUGGGGUUUCCACCAGAGCUAGAGCAUGUUGCCCAUGAAUACUGGUUGCUUUACAUGUCAGGCCUUGUGAAGUACAAGGAGAAAUGGAACGAGAUCCCAGAGAACACGGAUACGAAUGGCCUGGGCGGAGAAGAUGUGAGCGACAACGAUAUUAGUGGCAUCGAUGGUGAAGUAGAGGAGAUAUUUUUUGACGAGGAUCUCGGACCUAGCGGUGGAAAGACAUUCGAUCGAUCCCUGUUCAAAGACAAAACGGUCGAUAGAGAUAAGGCUCCGGAUGCAUUAGAUCAAAUGGCCGAGUACCAGGGAGGGCAUAGCGAGGAUAGCGACUCAACAUCAGAGGGUUCCGACGCGGACAGGGACGAGGAUAACUACGACGGAGAGAUGUCGCCACAUGACGCAGAUUUCGUGGACGAUGGCAAGGAGAUUAGCGGCCGUCAAUCAACGUUUAAGAAGUCUGUGCAAUAUUACUAUGAUCCCACGCGCCUCUCACUGGCUUUCACCAUCUCAAUUUGCUACCUCUCAGCGCAACAUUUGCAAAUACCAGUUCUUCUGGCCGAUUUUCGUCGGUGGACCAUGGAUGGACGAGUCCUUUAUUACAAUGCAUCAGACCAUCUACCAGCGGACCUGACCAAAAGGCUCAGCUUAGCAGGUACUAGCCUUCUGUUUCCAAAGUCCAGGACAUUGUCUAGUUUCUAUCAACCUACGAAUGCGCUGUUGAAGCUGCUUCGGGAAUCGCUUGGCUUCAAGAGCGACAUGCCCAACUUAGCCCCGCUCAUCUAUCGGUUUGUUCAGGAGUUAAUGCUGCCAGUUGAAGUUUACCCCUGCGCGCUACGACUGUUCCAACUCUACCUCGAUGUUUGUACAUCACCUCAAACACAAAAUCCUUUUUUGACUCAAGUUCUCGUCGAUAACGCUCCGCUGAGAGCUCCUGUGCAUGCCAUGGCCGCUGUGAUUAUUGUGGCCAAGCUAUUCUUUGGUUUGGAUGGAAAGCAAAGAUCUGCAGAUGAUCGGUUAUACUGGAUGAACGCACUACCGCAGGAAUCUUCAUGGAUCAAGUCACUGGAUGUUUUUGAUAGCGUCCAAGCGCAGACUACACUGCCUUCGUCGUUUGGGGAGUAUGAAGAACUUAUCCAGGUCAACCCAGACCUUUACAGCGAAUAUUCCAAGGGUGCGCUGCGGCCAGCAAGAAAGCCAACACUCGCCCAUCUGCUUGCGGUGUUUCAGUCGACAGAGUAUGUCCAGGAAGUAGACCAGUACAAUGGAGAUCAAGGAAUAUCUCCAGGGUUAGAGGCAUUCAUAAAGCACCUGAAUACCGAUAUACAUCCUCCCGAAAACUUCAUGGACAGUGACGACCUGAAGCCUCCGCCUUUGAAGCCUGGAGAAGAGUACGUCCAUUACAAACCAGAUGAUGCAGCCGUGUACCUGGGCAAUUACGGGCGACUCUUAAGCUAUGCUAGCAAUGCCUUGUCCAUGGAGCCGAGUGUAUUACAGGAAGAAGUCGCAUUGAUGGAAAGGGUUGUUCUGUUUGAACGUCGCGCCCCGAGUAUCUUGGUGAGCCAAUCCCGGAAACGGCUGUGGGAGCUAUUUGAGCCCAAAUAAAGCACGUGAUAUCCUCUCCUGAUAUUUCAACC